AGUAGCGAUCCGUCGCGUUAUCCUCAACAGGCAAAUUCAAAGCUCAAAAAGCUUCGAUCGUCAUCUCGCGCUCUAUGCCGCGCGAACAUAGAUACUGAAUUUCAUUGUUUUCCUGUUGUGCGAUUCCUUAACAGACUUUUUCAGUCGUGUGAAUUAUUUUUCUAAUUUUAUUCAUAUUUCGUUUUUUGAUAUGGGUAAAUCGUCUCAUAAAUCAAGAAAGAGAAGGAGGUCUUCCUCCGGAGACCGUCUCGCGGCCCUCGAAGAAAAGGUGUUACGCUUAAUCUCCUUGAUGAAACAUAGAGAGGUUAGCGAUUCUCAUUCUUUCCCUGCAUACAUGUCGGAAUCCUCCUUUAAAGUUCGUCUUGAUCAGGGAUCAGAUAUAGAACUUGCAUCAGAGAUCUCGGUUAUCGAAGAGGGUGCUGUGGAGCCCCGUCCUGCCUUUGAUAUCGAGUAUUCUUUGGCAGCGCCUGCGUGUCAGGAAGGGCCAAGUGAAUCUUUGGCAGCGCCUGCGAGUCAGGAAGGGCCAAUAGAUCCACAUUUUUCAGAUCCGGUAGGUAGUGAGGACGCGACGUCUCCUACUUCUCCUCCGGUCAUGUUGACAGAUCUGCCUGUGACCUCUGCAAUUGAGGAGAAUUCUGCGGAUGCUCUGACUCAGGAACUUUUCGGCUCCGAUCUUGAGGGGAUAGAGGCGAGACCUUGGCACGAUCUGGUUGUGUCAAAGUGGCAACAUCUCACCCGCAACGGCUUGGAAGCAGAACGUCGAGACUCCUUGUUGAAGAAAUAUUCUCUUUCGGAAGCGGUUGCUUUUCUAAAGGCCCCCAAGUUAAAUCCGGAAUGUAGAUCGGCCCUGAAAAGUAAUUCUAUUGUUAAGAGAGAUGAUUUUAACGCCAGAGAUCAAGAUCAAGUAGGCUUUGCUCUUUGCGCUUUUGGUGAAGCCAUUUCCGAUUUCCUUAGUCCUGAUAUACAACAUUUGCUGGCUCCGGAGGCACGUUCAGCUGUAGCGAAAGUUAACGAUGGGGCUUUGAUCUUAGCAGAUCUCUUUUAUCGCCUUUCCUUGUCUAGGAGAGCUCAGAUUAAGCCAGCUCUUAAUCAACUCGCAAAAAAUACUGCAGACGCCUUACCAGCCGAUGUUCUACUUUUCGGUUCUUCUUUUGGAGACGAAAUGAAGAAGGCUACGACUAUGGAAAGAUCUUCGAAGGAUAUUAUCAGGACUCCUUUGAUAGUUCCUAAGAAGCUGCAACAGCCUUUCAAGCAAUCGUCGCAGACUACUCUUCCAAGGUCGGGAAACUCCCGCGCCCCUGUUUCGAAAUUGAGACAAGUGACUGCGAGAACAGGGGCGUCGAGCAGCGGUCACCGAUCUUUUCACCGCCCCAGAUCUCGCUCGAGGAGACGUUAGUCACUGAGCAGGUAAAUGUUGCCGGCAGAUUAUCUUUUUUCCUUUCCAAUUGGAAACGGAUUACUUCGGAUCCAGUGAUUUUGGAGUCCAUUUCCGGCUAUAGGCUUCCUUUUAAGAGUUUUCCGCCUCUUCAAAUCUCUGAGCCCUCGAUUCGUCUUUCUAAGACGGAAGAAGUUUUUUGUUAUCAAGAAAUUAUCAGGCUCAGUAAUAAAGGAGCAAUAGAGCUCGUUUCAGAUUGUGAAGGCCAA